AUGUUAAAUACUGAAAAUUGUUUAGAUAGUAGUGAUAAUAUUAAUGAAGAACCCAUUGAAUUUGAGUUAGGUAGUCAUGAUAUUCAUUUAGCAGAUGAUCUAAUGGCAAAGUGGAAUUUAUUAAAUUUGUUUAAUGAUUCAUUAGAAACACCC